GUUUGAAUAUUAAAGAAAUAACUGAUAAAGAAAGAAAAAAAAAAACGCAAUUAAUUAAUUGAAAAAAGAAAAUAAAUAUAAAAUGAAACUUUUUAUAUUAACCCUAAUAAUAGCCCUAAAAGGGUUAAGUCAGGCGCAAGAGGACUUAACUCAACUUUGUUGGGAGCAACCUUUGGGUCAUGUCUUGCCCCAUCCUUUAGACUGUGGCCGCUAUAUUGUUUGCAAUGAGGAGUUAAAGCCUUCGGUACAUAACUGUGAAUUGGGUUUUCAUUUUGAUGCCUUGCGUAAGGUGUGCAAUUGGCCUGAAUAUGCCAAUUGUCAAGUGGCCAGUCCUACUCAAGUGACUGCUGCGCAGCAAAUCGUAACAACUGUCAUGCCAUGGCAUUCUUCUUUAAUAGCUUUAGAUGUCUUAACCGGUGAAACUGUAGAUCCUCUCACUCACUAUGAUCCUGAUAAUGUUUUAUGUCGUCAUUAUGGUGCCUAUUUCUUGCCAACAUCCUCAAAAAUGUCGUUCCUAUUAUUUGCUGAAUGUUAUCAUUUGGCUCACGAAGAAGAACAGGAAAUCGAAAAUAGUUUAGCCACUAGCACGGAUAAUCCUUUAAUGGUCUGUUAUCCGCUAAGCACUACAAUAGCACCCACUAGGCCGUCACGUACUACAAACACCACACCUUUCCCGACCCAAACACCACGCACAUCUAAGCCCAGUAGGCCCACAGCUGCCACACCAACACGUUAUCCCUCCACAAAACGUCCCAACUCUACAAUCCUUAUCAUAUUGUAUGCCCUGCCAAACGUCAGAGUUAUGCUGCUCAUCCCAAAGAUUGGCGGUAAUACUUUAUUUGUAUAA